AUGGGACACCGAAGGUUUUUGCCAAAAGAACAUGUGUUUCGCACUUGGAAGAAAGCAUUUGACGGUAAGCAAGAAUUUGGAUUGCCACCGCCACCUUUGCUAGGGGAACAAGUGUUAGAAAAGUUGAAUAAAGUUCAAUUCCACCUUGGAAAGCGAAAAGCAAAUCCAAAGAAAAGAAAAGGUCGUCGUGAGAAAAGUGACGUUUUUGCAAAUGAACCUCAAGGGCCAUGGAAGAAGAAGUCAAUAUUUUUUGAGCUCGAGUAUUGGAAGCAUUUGUUGAUACGUCAUAAUCUAGAUGUGAUGCACAUCGAGAAAAAUGUGUCAGACAGCUUGCUUAAUACCUUGUUCAAUAUUCCUGGGCGUAGCAAAGAUGGAAUCAAAUCCCGCUUAGAUUUGAAAGAGUUAGGGAUUCGUUCCAAUUUACACCCACAAGUUGUUGGUCGACGAACGUUCUUACCACCAGCUUGUCAUGCUCUAACUAAAGCAAAAACAAUCUUUGUGCGGUUCUAUCUCCUGUGUGAAAAAUCUCAAGAUAGAAAUUAUAGAAGUUUUGUGUUACUUGGAACAAUUUUUCCCGCCUUCCUUUUUCGACAUAAUGGUCCACCUAACAGUGCAUUUGGUCGAGAAGUAAAGUUAUGUGGACUCGUGUACUUGAGAUGGAUGUACCCAUUCGAACGAUACAUGAAAAUCUUGAAGGGUUAUGUCAGAAAUAGAAGUAGGCCUGAGGGUUGUAUUGUUGAAUCAUACAUCGUUGAAGAGACGAUUGAAUUCUGCUCAGACUACUUGUCAGAGGUUACCACUGUUGGCUCUCGCUCUACUCGGGUCGAUAGGGAAAUAAGCAGAGGGGGUAGGGGUUUUUCUGUUUGUGGUGUGAGUCGAGCUGAUUGUGAAGAAGCGCACCGGCUUGUGUUGCAAAAUACUGAUGUUGUCCAACCGUACAUUGAGGAACAUUUUAAUUGGAUCAAGACUACUAAUCCGACUAAGGCACGAAAUCAAAAAUGGGUACAAGAUGAACAUUAUCGAAAUUUCAGUACAUGGUUAAAAAACAAGGUAUAUGCAGAAAUGUGUGAAUCUCCGUGUAGUGUGUCCAACACACUACUUUGCAUAUCACGAGGUCCUUCGUGUGAUGUACUCAAGUUCCCAUCGUACUAUAUAAAUAGUACUCAAUUUUGCACCCAAGCCCGUGAUAAAUCUAGAAAAACUCAAAAUAGCGGUGUCAUGAUUGUUGCUAAGGCUUUCCAAAUAUCUAGUUCAAAAGACAAAAACCCUAUUGAAUGUGACAUGUCUUUUUACGGUGUAAUUCAAGAAAUUUGGGAAUUAGAUUACAGUAGUUUUCGAAUCCCUGUUUUUCUUUGUGAUUGGGUUAGGAGUGAUAAUGGGGUCAAAGACGAUGAAUUUGGAUUCAAGUUGGUGGACUUGAACCGAAUCGGACACAAGUCCGAUAGGUUUAUAAUGGCGUCCCAAGCAAGUCAAGUGUUUUACAUGAGUGAUCCAUUAGAUGCACGCUGGUCAGUUGUCUUGACGACACAACCAAAAGAUUAUGAUAAUCAAGAGUGUAAUGGCGAUGAUCUCAUGCUUAGUGACCAAAUUCAUCAAAUCACCCCACCACCUGUUGAUGUCACCGUUGGGGACGAUAUCAUAUCAUCUCGUGAUGAUGGUGAAGGAUUAUGGUUGAACGAAUCUAUCAACACAUGA